CAAAUUGGUGUUGCACUUGCGUUUUCUUUUUAUCGUAGAACCAAACUCUGAAACCGUGACCUGUCAGGAUUCAUCAGGACAAAGAUAAAUGGAUCAAUCCCAGCAAACAACAUGAACAAAAUUCGUGUUGAAUUUCAUGGUUGCUUCGUUUCCAUGGAUUGAAAGUACAACAGUAACACCAACGUUACUAGCAUUGGUUUUUUGACACAUUCACGGGAAGGAUCUAGAAAGUAACAGGGCACUAGCUAAGUAGGAGUGAAAUGGACGGCCAUAGCCUGUCAAGUGUCAAUAAGACAUACGAAUCCCAUCUUUUCUUUUGGGGUACCGCCCUAAAUAAGGGCACUAAAGGUUUUUCAGAUCCUAUUUUGUUAAAGAAACCAACGAUGAGCAAGGAAUUGUUCUGCAUGUGAAAGCUGAUGAUGGGUUUGUCAAAACUAGAGGCGUGCAACUAAUGCUGAAUGGAAGCCCGUUCUAUGCAAAUGGGUUCAAUGCUUAUUGGCUUAUGUACAUGGCUGCUGAUCCAUCUCAGAAAAACAAAGUCUCAACUGCAUUUCAACAAGCUAAACAACAUGGCCUCAACAUAGCCAGAACUUGGGCUUUCAGUGAUGGUGGAGACAGACCUCUUCAAUACUCACCUGGCUCCUAUAAUGAGCAAAUGUUCCAGGGAUUGGAUUUUGUAGUAUCUGAGGCAAAGAGUUAUGGGAUUAAGCUAGUUUUAAGUUUUGUGAAUAACUAUGAUCAGUUUGGAGGGAAAAAACAGUAUGUAAACUGGGCAAGAAAUCAAGGACAAUCCAUUGGCUCUGAUGAUGAUUUCUUUACAAACUCUAUUGUGAAGGAAUAUUACAAGAACCAUAUCAAGACUGUUCUUACAAGACAUAACAGCCUGACUGGAGUGGCUUACAAAGAUGAACCAACAAUAAUGGCGUGGGAGCUUAUGAAUGAGCCCAGGUGUCUCUCGGAUCCAUCAGGAACGACCAUGCAGGCAUGGAUUACAGAAAUGGCUUCUCAUGUGAAGUCCAUUGAUGGAAAUCACUUGCUAGAAGCUGGUUUGGAAGGGUUUUAUGGGCCUUCAUCAUCUCAAAAGCAGCAAUAUAAUCCGAACUUUCAAGUCGGAACUGAUUUUGUUGCAAACAAUCAGAUACCUGGGAUUGACUUUGCUACAGUUCAUUCUUAUCCUGAUCAAUGGUUACAAAGCUCAAGUGAUGAAACCCAAAUUUCCUUCUUGAACAAUUGGCUGACCAAUCACAUCCAAGAUGCUCAGAACAUCAUUCAAAAGCCUGUGCUCUUUGCUGAAUUUGGAAAAUCAUUGAAAAUUUCCGGUCUUAACCAAAGAGACGAGCUGUUCAACACAGUUUACACAGCAAUUUACUCAUCAGCCAGGGGUGGAGGUGCAGCCAUAGGUGGAUUGUUCUGGCAACUCCUUGCCGAAGGAAUGGACUCCUUCCGAGAUGGGUACGAGGUAAUCAUGAGCGAAAGCACCUCAACUGUCAACAUCAUUACUCAAGAGUCUCAGAAACUUAAUAGGAUUAGAAAGAUGUAUGUAAGGUUGAGGAACAUCGAGAAAUGGAAGAGAGCAAGGGAUAUCAGAAGGGCACAAUGGUGGGCUGGGAACGGUUUCAGUAAUACAGGAAAUUGAGAAAGAAAACUUAUUGUAGUGUUUGAUCAGUAAAUGUCAAAGAAAAAGUUUUUAAGUUAAUGUCCUUAUAAGGAAGUGAAUUCUCUCCUAGAAAUGAGUUGUAAUCAUUGAAGCUAAAGUGUAAUAGAUUCUGUGAUUAAGUACUAAUCUGAUGAACCAACUUAUUUUGGUCUGUAAGCUAAAAUGGUGUUUUCAGCUACUAAAUGAAUGCAAGAAGAGAUAAAUAAAGCAAAUGGCAUUUGAUUUUCUUUGAAAAUUGCAUAGGAAGUUAUAGUUUACAUUUACAAAGCAUUAUUCCUAUAUUUUCGCUGCAAAACACUGCAAAACAGCAAAAGACAGCAGAUAGGGCUCCCAGUUUUCCGUCAUCGGUGGCUCAAAAGAGAGCAGCCUCUGGAAGGAUUCAAAAAUUUUGUAUCACGGUUCCAUCUUUAAUUGUUGCAUUCUUCAGUAUGACUGUGAUCCCAGACCUAAUGUAAAACCC